AUGUCGACCCUUCAAGAGUGCUUAUAUCAAUCAUUUUCUAAUAGUAAAGACAAUCAAAUAUCAAAUAAUCCAACAAAAGUAAAACCAUAUGUAUAUAAUGCAAUGCAGAUUUUGGAUUCAAACAUGAAAUUAAAGUUAGAUAACCAACAAAAGCUUAAUAAAAUCUACGAAAUUUGCGAUAAAUACAAAAGCAUAGGAAAUAAGAGAAAAUUACCAUCUAAAUUACCCAAUUGUUCAACAAAUAAUAAUGUUAACGAAGAUUUAUCGCAACAUGAAGUAGUAUAUAAUGAAAUAAUGGAAAGGAUUCAGCAGUCAAUCUUAAUGGGAGUUGAUGAAUUAGGAUUAACAAUGAAAUUAUCUUCAGAAUUACAAAAAGAAUCCAUUAAUUUGGAAGAACAAGAAAUUCAAGAUGAACACGCUCUUUCUAGUGAUGAUGAAGAUCCAACACCUCGUAAUGCAGCUAAAAUUGCAUCAAUGAUAAAAAAUGAUGCGAAUAAUGAAGAAGAAGAUCACGAAAAUUAUUCCCCUAAAGUUAAAUUACCGUCUCCUAUGCAAUAUGAUACUAAUAAAAAUGAAGAAGAUAAAGAUGAAGAUUCUUAUGACGAAGAAGAGUCUGAUGAUGAUGUAUUUGUUGAAGAAACAACCCCAACUAAUAUUGUUCAUAGGAAAUAA